AUGGCCGACUCUUCCGUGAUAUCCCUCGAGUACAAGGGCCGCAUUGCCACUAUCACAAUAAGCAAUGAGAAGAAACUCAACGCUCUCAACCAACAGCAGUAUUACGAAAUAGCAAAGGCACUACGCGAGAUAGCGACCCACGAUGAGGUGUACAUCACCGUCCUGCUCGCCAAGGGGCGCUUCUUCUCAGCCGGCGCCGACGUCUCGAUAUCCAGGGAGGUGCCCGCCACGGAAACCGACCCGCGCCAGCACUGGAUGCGGUCCUUCGUGGCCUUCAACCUGAACAUCACGCAGGCAUUCUACACGCACCCCAAGAUCCUGGUCGUGGGGCUCAACGGCCCGGUGGUCGGCCUCUCGGCCGCCAUCGUCUCGCACGCAGACUUCAUCUACUGCACGCCGCACACCUUCCUGCUCACGCCCUUCAGCUCGCUCGGCCUCGUCGCCGAGGGCGGCGCCUCGCGCGCCCUCGUCCAGAGGCUGGGUGCUGCCAGGGCUAACGAGGCCCUCAUCAUGAGCAAGCGCAUCACGGCCGACGAGCUCCGGCAGGCCGGCUUCGUCAAUGCCGUUUUCGACACGGCGCCGAACGAGGACGCGAAGUUCCGUGAGCUGGUGUUGAAGGAGGUCGAGGAGCGGUUGGGCCCCCAUCUCAACGGCGACAGCAUGCUUGGCAUCAAGAAGCUGAUCCGACAGCCUGAGAGGGAUGUCAUGGACGUGGCGAACGCCAGAGAGGUGUUCGAUGGGCUGGACAGGUUCGUAGCUGGGAUUCCGCAGGAAGAGUUUAGGAAGAUCGCCUCAGGUGAGAAGAGGCAUAAGCUGUAA